AUGGAAGAUGCUUCGGAAGAUGUCACUUCUGAGUUGUUGGACGCGUUGCUUUCAGGCUGGGCUGCUGGUGGACACGUCCGGGAAUGUUUGACUGAAGACCACAUGAAGAUACGCCUUGGCAGAGGGUUUGAGCCUGGAAAUUCCCACAGCCCCACGCUCACCUCUUUGGCGCCCCAUCUCAGGGACAAAUUCCAAGAGGUUGGAGGACACCGGGAACUGGCAUCCACGUGGAGACAUGCGCAAACUCCAAAACUCUUGGCCGCCGUGUGCGGCCUCCGGUUUCCACCUUUCCCAAAAGAAGAUGAGCUGCUCCGUGGUGCAGCGUCCACAGUUUUGGCCCUGCAAGUGGCCUUGGCCAAGCUCCUUGAUAGCGCUGUGAAACCUGGAGCGCAAGGACCGUCGCCGCUCCUGGGAACGUUGCAGACCUUGCCGCCACAGGGGGCUCGUCAGGUGAUGACUCGGAUAUCCAAGCUCUAUAGCGUGGUUGUUGGCAUGCUGGUGUCUGCUGAGAGCAAGUGUCUGGGCGAUCCUUUGCUAGAACUGCUUGCCCAGCUCCAGUUGAUCUCAGGCACACCACUUCGAUCGCUGCGCCAGGCGGCCAGUGCCGCAGCGCUGGGCGCCCUGCAGGCGCUCUUGGCGGAGCGCCACGUGGCGCGUGGAGCCUUGGCGGAGUUGGAAACGCAGAAGCGAGCGCUAAUGGAUGCAGCAGGUGAUGCCGCCGCCGCCGCGCGCCUCGCGCGGCUCUGCCGAGGUACUGCGCAGCUGGAAGCAUUGACGCAGCAGAUGGACGUGGAGGUCGGAAAGAUGCAGGAGCGAGUUCUGUUGCCACGGCUCCAAGACACCGCUGCGAUUCUGAGGAGGUUCACCUUGAAUGCCUUGGGUCGCUACAUGCAACUGAAGUUCCUGUGGACACCCGAGCGCAUCCUCCAAGGCUUCUUCGAUCCAGCUCCAGAAGUCAGACUUCAAGCCAUUGAAAUUGCAGGUGCUUGGUUUGAGGGUGACCUGGAUGACCCUGCUCUUGUACGAGAGGCGGCAAGUCACCUGGCGGAGCGCAGCCGCGACAGCGAGCCACGCGUCAGCGCGGCGGCGCACCCGGUCUUGGUUUCUCAGCUCUCCGACGACGACUUCGCACGGGUGGCCAAUCUCGCGUUGACGGCGCCGGAUAGCCACGGCCUGCUCAGAGUGGAAGCGGCCCUCUUUGUGGAGCAGCACUUGCUGCCAGAACCAGGCCUUGGUAUUGCCGCCAAAAAGCAACCUGGGGAGGAAGGGGACGACCUGGAACGGCACUUCAUCACCGAGCAUGGUUUAAUGGCAGUUGCAGACUUUUUGACCAGCUACCUCCCGGAGAACGACCAGCUACAUCUCUCACGACGCUUUGUGGAGGCCCUGUGGCUGCGCACCGACGCCUUUCGCCGCUGGUCCGCCUUGGCGGACUUGUGUCUACUGGGUGAAGGGCAGGGCGCAGCCAGGGGGGUGCCAUGCAACUUGGCGCGCCGGGUGAGGCCAAGGGGGUCGACCAGUUUCGGUAACCGCCAAGGCUAG